AUGUCACUAACGAAACACCUCCUCACGAUAACCCCUCAGUCCCUCCAUCGCGCCACCACGCACUCCUUCCUCCAACACGCCGGCCAAGGCACGCUCUCGAAGAAACAUUUGACACGAUGGCUGACUCAGGACCGACUCUACGCGCAGUCAUAUAUCCGAUUCAUAGGACUUCUUCUCUCAAAGAUCGAUCUCUCCUCCUCCCCUUCAUCCUUCUCGACGACCUCGACGACCGACCGAGCAGUGGGUAUUCUCAGCGAUGCGUUGGUGAAUAUCCGUUGUGAAUUGGGAUUUUUCGCGGCCGUGGCGGAGGAAUAUGAUCUGAAAUUGGAUUCUCUUUCAGAGGACAAUGAGAAUAGGGAUGAGAAGGAGAAAGAUGUCUCUGUCGCGCAGCCAGGUACAGAUACAAAUCCAAAUCCAGCUUCACAUACACAGACUGACAAAAGUGGCAAAAACAAUGAUACAGACAAUACAGACAAUGAUCAAGGAUACAUCACCCAUGCAUACAUCAACCUCUUCAUGUCCGCCGGGAGUGCCGGGGUCUCCCUCCUCGAAGGUCUGGUCGUUCUCUGGGCUACUGAGAUGUGUUAUCUAAGAGCGUGGAGGUAUGCAGCAUCCUUUCUAACAGAAAAAGAAAGACAGAGAGAAGAAGAGGAUGCCGACGGCGGGGCGUUGCGGAACAGGUUCAUUCCCAACUGGACGAAUCCUGAGUUUGAACGAUUCGUGGAGGAGAUUGGUGACCUGGUGGAUGCCAUGGCAGACGAGCAAGGAGAAGAGAAUGGCGAGAUGCGCGCCCGGUGUGAACGCUGGUGGAAGCAGGUUCUGUGGCUGGAGGAGAGGUUCUGGCCGACCAUAUAA